AGCGGCAGCGGCGGCUUCGGCGGGGGCGCCGGCCCUGAGCGCCCGAGCAGCGUGGCCGACAAGAACGGGGCCCUCAAGUGCAGCUUCUCGGCGCCGGGCCACAGCAGCAGCCUCCUGCAGGGCCUGGCCGCCCUGCGCGCACAGGGCCAGCUGCUGGACGUGGCCCUCACCGUCAACAGAGAGGCCUUCCACGCGCACAAGGUGGUGCUGGCGGCCUGCAGCGACUACUUCAGGGCCAUGUUCACGGGCGGCAUGCGGGAGGCGAGCCAGGACGUCAUCGAGCUGAAGGGCGUGUCGGCCCGCGGCCUGCGCCACAUCAUCGACUUCGCCUACAGCGCCGAGGUGACGCUGGACCUGGACUCCGUGCAGGACGUGCUGGGCGCCGCCGUGUUCCUGCAGAUGCUGCCGGUGGUGGAGCUGUGCGAGGAGUUCCUCAAGGCGGCCAUGAGCGUGGAGACGUGCCUGCACAUCGGCCAGAUGGCCACGGCCUUCAGCCUGGCGUCGCUGCGCGAGUCCGUGGACGCCUUCACGUUCCGCCACUUCCUGCAGAUCGCGCGGCAGGACGACUUCCUGCGCCUGCCGCUCGAGCGCCUGGUCUUCUUCCUGCAGAGCAACCGGCUGCAGAGCUGCGCCGAGGUCGACCUGUUCCGCGCCGCCGUGCGCUGGCUGCAGCACGACCCCGCACGCCGGCCGCGCGCCAGCCACGUGCUGCGCCAUAUCCGCUUCCCGCUCAUGCAGGCGGCGGAGCUGGUGGACAGCGUGCAGACGCUGGACAUCAUGGUGGAGGACGCGCUGUGCCGCCAGUACCUGCUCGAGGCCCUCAACUACCAGGUGCUGCCCUUCCGGCAGCACGAGAUGCAGUCGCCGCGCACGGCCGUGCGCUCCGACGUGCCCUCGCUCGUGGCCUUCGGCGGCACGCCCUACACCGACAGCGACCGCGCCGUCAGCGGCAAGGUGUACCAGCUGCCGGAGCCCGGCGCGCGCCACUUCCGCGAGCUCACGGAGAUGGAGCUGGCCUGCAGCCACUCGUGCGUGGCCGUGCUCGACAACUUCGUGUACGUGGCCGGCGGCCAGCACCUGCAGUACCGCAGCGGCGAGGGCGCCGUGGACGCCUGCUACCGCUACGACCCGCAGCGCAACCGCUGGCUGCGCCUGCGAGCCAUGCAGGAGAGCCGCAUCCAGUUCCAGCUGAACGUGCUGUGCGGCAUGGUGUACGCCACGGGCGGCCGCAACCGCGCCGGCAGCCUGGCCUCCGUGGAGCGGUACUGCCCGCGCCGCAAUGAGUGGGGCUACGCGUGCUCGCUCAAGCGCCGCACCUGGGGCCACGCGGGCGCCGCCGCCGGGGGCCGCCUCUACAUCUCGGGCGGCUACGGCGUCUCGGUGGAGGACAAGAAGGCGCUGCACUGCUACGACCCCGUGGCCGACCAGUGGGAGUUCAAGGCGCCCAUGAGCGAGCCGCGCGUGCUGCACGCCAUGGUGGGCGCCGGCGGCCGCAUCUACGCCCUGGGCGGCCGCAUGGACCACGUGGACCGCUGCUUCGACGUGCUGGCCGUCGAGUACUACGUGCCCGAGACGGACCAGUGGACCAGCGUGAGCCCCAUGCGCGCCGGCCAGUCGGAGGCCGGCUGCUGCCUGCUGGAGCGCAAGAUCUUCAUCGUGGGCGGCUACAACUGGCGCCUGAACAACGUCACGGGCAUCGUGCAGGUCUACAACACCGACACGGACGAGUGGGAGCGCGACCUGCACUUCCCAGAGUCCUUCGCGGGCAUCGCCUGCGCCCCGGUGCUGCUGCCGCGGGCCGGCGCCAGGAGGUAGCUCCCGGUCCGGACCGCCCUCGCCCGCCCCCUCCGGACGCCCACCUGCCCGGCCCCUCCGUGGGGGCCUCUGGCGGGCGGCUUGGCCGGCGCAUGUGCAAUGAGAGCUCCGCCCCCCUGCUGGCUCGGGGUGGGGUGGGGGGUCCCUCCCGGGCGGGGGGCUCUCCGGCCUUCCUCCUCCCUUCUCGAGGCCCAGGGAGCCUGCCAGCACCCUGCCUGCCCUGCCGGCCCCUGCUGGAGGGCGGGCACGCGGCGCCUGGUGGUGCCUUUGCGCGGCUUCGCCUCGCUCCUCUCCCUGCCUCCACCCCGGCUCCCACCUGAGCGCGCUGACGCCCAGCCCCCCAUCCCUAGGAUGCAGCCCCCCCCAGCCAAGCAGCAUCAAUCCCCGCGUGCACCCCGCGGCUGGCACCUCCUGCCCGCCUGUCCGGGGCCCGGCCCCUGGACGGCGCUGCUCACCCUCCGGGGACGCGGCCACCCCGGCUCCCGGGCCCUGCACGGGGUGGGGCCGGGCCCUCCUUGCUGGGAGGGCGCCCCGCGCCGCAGCGCCCUGGCUGACCUCCCUGUCGCGGCCCCCGCCCCGCCGGGACGGCCGCAGCCUGCGAACCUUGGCUUUUUUGUGGUGUUUUCUCUCUUUUUUUUUCUUUUUAAGAAGCCGGCAGCCGCCGUCUUCCGAACGGGUUUUGUACUCUCGGGGCAACUUAAAGUGUCUGCUCGCGGCGUGGAGGAUGGAUCCGCGCCUCCUGACCCGCUGGCCGCGGCGAAUUAACCUGGGCCUCGGCGGACGGCGCCGCCGCGCACUUCCCGUUGAUUUAAUAAAAAUGUUAUGGUGAAGAGA